AUGGCUCCUAUCAAAAACGCUACUGAGGAAGGAACAUUGGCAGACUAUGAGUUGGAACAGUUUUACCCAGUGCACAUUGGGGAGAUAAUAAAGUCUCCGACCACAGGCUACAAAAUCAUCGGCAAGCUGGGUUAUGGGAGGUAUUCCACUGUGUGGCUUUGCCUUGAGCUCAGUGACAAUACAUUUUAUACGAUUAAGAUCGCUACUAAACACAAUGGCGGCCGCCGCGAAGCAGAGAUUUAUGAGCACAUUCAGGCUCUUGGCUCCCAGCACGUCGGAUGCAAGCAUGUAAGGAAGCUACUCGAAGCAUUUGAGCUCCCUGGCCCGCACUACUGCCUCGUUCAUAACCCUCUAGCGAUGAGCGCCGACGAGUUCCAGGAAACUUUUCCUGACAGUCAAUAUCCACCUAUAAUUCUCAAACCUCUCAUAAGCUGUCUCCUUAUGGCCCUCGAUUUCUUGCACUCGGAGGCAGGCGUCAUCCACACAGCCCGGAACAUCCUCCUCGGCCUCGGAUCUGCUUCCCCCGUCCUAGACUUCGUGGCUGCCGAAAUAGAACAUCCAAGAGCACGCAAAGUCAUCGAUGAGCGCCGCAGCAUCUACUCCUCUCGGGCCCUCCCCAACACCUUCCCACCCGGGCACCCAAUCCUCUGCGACUUCGGGCACGCCAUCAAAGGCUCGCCUGGAGAAAAGCACACCGCCGUAAUCUAGCCCCUGCCCUACCAAGCGCCUGAGGUAAUCCUAGGAAUCGAGUGGGGCGCCGAGGCCGAUAUCUGGAAUUUAGGCGCACUGACGUGGCAGCUCGCAUUCGGAUGCCAGCUUUUCACCGGGACCACUGAGGAUGAGCAGCUCGCAGCCAUGAUCGCAUGUCUCGGCACGCCGCCAGCAGAUUUCGUGCAGCGCUGCUGAGAAGAAGGAGAAGGUGCGCGAUAUUUCGACGAGGAUGGUGUAUGGAGUGGCAAAGAGAUUACGCCUAACCCUAUAGACGAUAUCCUCGAGGGGCCCGAGGUGGAGGCGUUUGUGAACUUGCUGAAGGGCAUGCUGGUAUGGGUGCCGGAGGAGCGCAAGACAGCAGCGGAUUUGAGGCGGCACGCGUGGAUGCAUAGCGGAUG